UAUGUUAGAAAUAACAUUUUUAUAUUUUAUUGUUCGCGUUGCCGCUCAUUUGUCUUUACAAAGUGCAGAAAAAAAUGCUCAAUUUAGGAACAGAUGACGCAGGAUAUAUAAAUGAGGAUAAGAAAAAGCGUCGAGUAUCUAUAUCAAAACCAACGCCAUGUCGUCUAUGCCAUUCACGCGUGACAUUGACAACAGAAUCGCCAAACAUUUACGAAGCUACCGCAGAUUUUAUUAAAGAAGGAUGUGAAAACGGUGAAGGCGAAAAGCAAUUAAUAGUCGAUGCGUGCCAAAGUAUCUGGGGUGUAAAGUAUGAGCGCCAUGAGUGCUUACCGGAACGUAUCUGUGUACGCUGCCUUGAAAUGCUCAAGGACUUCUAUGAGCAGCGCCGGUGCAUGCAGCAGCGGGAGUCUGAGCUGCAGCAAGAUUUAAAAAACAUUAUUUCUCUGGAUGCCAAGUACCGACCUGGCCUGAAUGGCAAUCCUGGCGUGUUUGAAUUCGAAGAAGGCGAAGAAGGCUGCGUCAUUGUCGACGUGGAUCCAGAUCAACUUUGCGAGACCAGCGAUGACGAAUUCUUAGGAUCCGAUGGAGAGGCUGACCUUGACGAGGAGGAGUGGGACGACGAGGAUGAGGAGGAACCUCAAAAUGAUGAAGAUGUUGAUAUGCCGCUCGGCAUGGAUGCAGCCCAAAUGGCGAUCAUGCAGGCACACCAAACUGCAGAUGCCAGUGCCACGGUAAAUGCACAUCCCAAGAGCGCCUUUCUGUGCCAAUACUGCGAUCUGGCCUUCACACUACAGCCAGACUGCCAGCAGCAUGAGCUGGGAUCACACGACGUCUCUGCGCCUUUCAGUUGUAACUACUGUCAGCUGCGCUUGACCACAAGGCCUGCUCUUAUUGCGCACAUCAAGGAGCUGCAUGACGCUGAGCGGCCGUAUGUAUGCGCACUCUGCAGCAAGGGAUUCGUUCGACGUUCGGACUUGAAGAAGCACACAAUUGUUCAUACUGGCGUGCGGCCCUUUUCGUGUCACGUCUGUUCCAAAAGCUUUUCACGCAAUACCAACCUAACCAAGCACUUGCGCAUUCACAGCAGUGUCAAGCCGUUUGUUUGCCAGCAAUGUCCGCGUUCUUUUCAAACUCCACUAGAGCUGAUGAAGCACACGCGCUCCCAUGCCGAGGUCAAGCCCUACCAGUGCCAACGAUGCCCUGCUUCAUUUGCUCGCAAAGACAAGCUUUUAGUGCACCAGCAAGUGCACUUAAAGCGCGACGUGGAGCAACAUAAUCAAAAUGUGCGCAUAAACAUGACGGUGCCGCUGGAACAAGUGCAGCUUCCACUGCAUCCCUACGUGGAAGCCGAUGCAUCAGUGCAGCAGCUUCCCUACUCCUAUCAACAACAGCCGACGUCGCAGCCAAAGAAUAAACCACCAGCGAAGAUAUCGCGCAAUUUUCGCUGUGAUGUUUGCGACAGAGGAUUUCAGCGUGAGCGGGAUCUACAGCGUCAUCGGGCUCUGCAUAUGGAUAGGCUUUUUGCGUGCAAGAUUUGCGGACAGGGCUUCAACCGACGGGAACAGCUGCAACGUCAUGAAUUGGAGGCUCAUGGCCCCAGCUAUACUUGUGCGAUCUGUUGCAUCACCUUUCUGCAACAGUCGGAGCUGGAAAACCACCUCAAAGUCCAUGAGCUACAGCAUAGUGUGGCUAAGAGCACACAAGAGGCGUUGCUAGCCGCUGCUGCGGUACCGCUGGGUCAUCCCAUUGGCGAGCAGAUUGGCGCUGCCAAGCCGCCUAUCGUACAGGAGCCUGCUCAGAUGGCUAACUUAAGGCCUUCGGCUUCUGAGUUGUCCUUCUAUAGCAAUAUGAUACCCACAAUGAAUCUCGGCUUUUACAGCGAGACGCGUCCCGAGGAGAGCAAUGGAGCUUGAUAAGCUAUUAUUAUUGCUAAACUGACGUUGAUAUUGACGAAUAGAUAGAUAUUCAGUAUGAUUUGAAUUCUUACGGA